AUGAAGCCGUUUUAUGUGGUCUUUGCAGCUUCCGUGCUGGACACUGACCUGAUAUACGUCUUCUGGAAGGUGCCCUCCAUAGCCAUCUGCCGCACCGACCAGUUUGACAACGCGUGCAAGGUGCUCGGCCUGCCGACCGGCGCGGCGGCCGCGCGGCUCGCCGCGUCGGCGGCGCCAAGGCCGUCGAUGCCGGCGUGGCGGCAGGCGCUGCUGGCGGCUGCGGCGGCGCAGCAGGAGGAGCAGCAGCAGCAGGAGCAGCGGCAGCAGCAGGAGCAGCAACAGCAGCAGCAGCAGCUACUGCUGCAAGACCAUCCGCUGCCGAUGCAGACCCUGCUGUCUGACGACCGGCUGCAGCGGUUGCUGCUGCGGGAGCAGCGGCAGCGCCUCGGCGCGCUACAGUGGCGGCUGCAGGACGAGCGAGCGAUGCCGCGGGGGAUGCCGGCCUCGUGGCAGCAGCAGCAGCAGCAGCAGCAGCAGCAGCAGCAGCCGUGCCUAGAUGCAGCGGACCCUGCUCUCAUCCUUGCAGACCCUGCGGGCGACUGCCAGCGCGAGUGUGGCGGCGGCUUGGUGCACAUUAUGCCCGACAAGGCCGGCUUCAAACGCCAGCGGCAGGCUGGCAAGCAGCAGAAGGAGCAGGAGCAGUUGCAGCAGCAGCAGCACCCGCAGCCGCCGCCUCUGCCUGCCCAGCGCGCGCCCCAGCAGCCGCAGCUGUGGCAGCGACAGAUCGCGCGCAGCAGCAGCGGUGGGAGCGAUGACGCGCAGACACUGGCUGACGUCCCGGGGGCCCCCGCCGCCACGGCCGCCGUCGCCGCCGCCACCACCCCGCCGCCGCUGCUCUCGCGCGGCGCCCGUUCAUCGUCCCUCGGUCCCGCCGGCUGCCCCCAACCCGCCGGCCCCGACCCCGCCGACGACGCCGCGGCCGUCGCCGCCGCGGCUGCCGCCGCGACAGUGCGUUGCGUUCCGCGGCCGCCGUCGGCGGCGGCGCUGCGCGCGCUGCUACUCGCGUCGUACGGGCAGCUGGGGUUCACCCGGCCCCUGUGCCCUAAGGACCUGUCGGCCCUGCAGGCGCUUGCGGGCUUCAGCGCCGCCAGGCCCGCGGGCGGCGGGGGCGAGGGGGCAGUUGAGGACGCGGACGCGGCGCGGCGCGAGUGGGAGGGGUUCCUUGCCGCGUGGGUGCAGACGCUGAGUCUCAUGAAGCUGAUACACAACCUCUGGGACAUGGCAGUGCCCACCACCCUUGUCUCCGGCCCCGCCGUCGGCCGCGCCGCGGUUGCCGCGGCGCUCCGCCCGCAGCCGCCGGGCACCUUCCUCUGCCGCGUCUCGCUCGGCCAGCCCGGGUCGCUCAUCGUCAGCUGCCGCGCAGCUGCUGAGCACCCGCAGGCCGACGCCGACGGCGUUGUGCACGUCGCGGUGCCCGCAGCGCUGCUGCGGCGGCGACGCGCUGACUCGUGGCUGCGGGCGCUGCCCGGCGCGACGCACGCGCUCGACGCGGCGACAGGCGCACGGUUCGACAAGCGGCAGCUGCUCGAGGGUGAUUACGUGAGGGUCGCCGAGAUCAGCGCCGCGGCGGCCGCCGCGGCGGCGGCGAAAAAGGCGGCGUGCGGCGACGCCUGCGCCGGCGCCUCGGUGGCCGUAGGCGUGCAGGCCGGCUGA